CGGAUCGGAAGUGAGAUCGUUUAUCCAGGCGAUAGGAAGUGGAGAAGCAGCAGUUUGUGUCGCCGGUUAGAAAAACAUCACGUUUCUUCUAAUGUUCAACUGACGACGACGUGCACACCGUUUCAGAUAAUGCCUACCUGAGGGGAUAUGAUGGACAAUGGCAAAACGAGCCGUGUGUGUCGGCCUCAUCACAUCAGUGAAUCGUCCAAGGUGUACCGAUGGGGCGACCAGGCGGCGGAGGUGCUGCGGGGCCUCGACGAGCAGCGGCAGUACAGUCGGUUCUGCGACGUGGUGCUGGUGGCCGACGACCAGCGGGUCCCGGCUCACCGGGCCGUGCUCUCCGUCUCCAGCCCGUACUUCCAUGCCAUGUUCACGCUGGGCAUGAGGGAGGAGCGUCAGGAGGAGGUGGAGCUGGUGGGGUUGUCCUCCAUCGGUCUGAAGGCCGUGGUGGACUUCCUGUACAGCGGAGAGCUGCCAUUGGACGGAGGAAAUAUUGACCAUGUGCUGGAAGCUGCUCACCUCCUACAGGUUUGGCGAGUGGUGGAUUUCUGCUGCCAGUACCUGGAGCGGGAGGUGAGCGAGGACAACUACCUGUACUUGCAGGAACUGGCUCUGCUCUACAGCCUGGAGCGACUGGACGCCUUCAUCGAUCGCUUCGUUCUCGCACGCUUCGCCACGCUCUCCUUCUCCCGGGACUUUCUCCAGAACAUUCCUCUACACAAAAUGACCUCGUACCUCGCCAGUGGCCAGGUGCAGCAGGACGGCGAGCAGGCGCUGCUCCAGGCCGCCGUGCGGUGGCUCAGCCAGACUCCCGAGCGGACGACCCACGCCGCACAGCUCCUCUCCCACAUCCGCUUCCCCUUGAUGCCGGUGGUGGACCUCGUGAGCCGGGUGCUUCCAGCGGUGCGGUCCCUGCUGCCGGAGGAGGCCGGCUGCGAGGCCCUGGUGGAGGAGGCCCUCGAGUACCACGCGAGUCCCAGCGGUCAGCCGCUACUGCAAACCGGACGCACCAUGCUAAGGGGAGGGGCGGAGCAGCUGCUGCUGAUUGGAGGAGAGGUGUCUGAAUUCGGCGAGGAGCUGAGUGCCAACGUUUGCCGGCUUGACGGUGCAACGGGAAGCUGGGAGGUGGAGACGGAGCUGCCGGCCCAGCGGAGCCACCACUGCCUGGCCGUGCUGGGGGACUUCAUCUUCACUGCCGGCGGCAGCUCGUCCAGGGACAACGGUGGAGACGCCGCCUGCAACCUGCUGUACAGAUACGACCCCCGACACAACCAGUGGACCAGGGGUGCUCCGAUGAACCAGCGGCGAGUGGACUUCUACCUGGGGGCUGUGGGACGGUGUCUGAUCGCCGUGGGCGGGAGGAACGACGCUGGAGCUCUGUCCUCGGUGGAGGUUUACUGCCCCGCCGAGGACUGCUGGUCCUACGUGGCAGAACUGCCCAGGUUUACGUAUGGCCACGCCGGGACGGUCCACCGCGGCGUGGUCUACAUCUCCGGCGGCCACGACUAUCAGAUCGGCCCGUACCGCCGAGACUUCCUGAGCUACGACCCGUCGCGGGCCGGCGACGUGUGGGUGGAGCGCCAGGCCAUGUCGCUGGCCCGCGGCUGGCACUGCAUGGCCUCCCUCGACCACCUCAUCUACGCCAUCGGGGGCAGCGACGACCACGCCGACACCACCGAGCGCUUCGACAUCCUGCGGGUGGAGUCGUACGACCCGCGCAGCAGCCAGUGGACCCAGGUGGCGCCGCUGCUGCUGCCCAACAGCGAGGCGGGGCUCGCGGUCUGGGACGGGAAGAUCUACGUGCUCGGGGGCUACAGCUGGGAGAGCAUGGCGUUCUCCAGGGCCACGCAGGUGUUCGACCCCGACAAGGGUUCGUGGUCCAGAGGCCCCGACUCACCGAAACGCAUCGCCGGGGCCUCGGCGUGCGUGUGCACUGUAAAACCAUCACCGUCACCGCUGUCUCCAGAGAAGAGGAAGAUGUAAAGAGGGAGGGAAAGAUCACGUCCCACGUGAGACUGUUGGGAGACAAACACAAGAGUCAGAUUUGCUUUUAUUUCGUCAAUUCUGUGGGACGUGUUCGCUGUCAAGGACCUACCUGUGUUUUCAAAGUCGGGAAAUCAGAGCUCAUAGAAACUGAAUGUUUAACAUUGACUAUCAACUUGAACUAAUGUAUUUAAGAGUGGCACAUUCUGUGUCUCAUGUUGUUUCAUCAUCAGCCUUGAAGUUUGAUUAUAGACGUUUUCUUCCUGAUGACAUGAAACAACAACUGUCACCACGGUUAACUAGUUGAUUUACCAGCAGCUUUUUGUGUUUGACUAUAAAAAUUAUCUAUUUAAAAAUGGGGGGGUGGAAAUCCAGCAUCAGGAGCAUCGUGUUUCUUACAAGAGCAACUUCACCGUGACGUCACCCGUUGGUUUGUGAGCUGCCGUUCUGCCAUGUUGGGUCCCAGAGGUUUGUUCCCUCCUCCAGUUGUGAUGGAGUCGGCUUCAGAGCUCAACCAAAAGCACCGACGGGCACAUUUUGAACGGAAAUAAAUAUAGUAAGAAGUUGUUAUUAAAUAUCCAAGAAUCACUUCUUAACUUGUCAAGCUGCGUCCAAUUGAAAAAUAGUCUGGUGAUGUUUUUUACGCAACUUUAUUCACCACAGGAGAACAUGAGCAGCUUCUCAAGUUUUCAGCAAAACAGAAAAGAGCCGAUCAACAUGUUCAUUACUUUCACAUUCGUAAACUGAAUUUGGUCUGUUGGUUGGAUUAAGAUAAAGAUAAAGAUUACUGAACAGAGCUCCACAAAACUUGGAGGAAGGAUGGAACAUGAACCGAGAAAGAAUCCAUUAAAUGUUGGAGCCAGGAAUUUAAAAAAACCUCUUUAACGUUGUGAGAUAGGACGUUUUCACUGAUUUUCACAGAGAAUAAUUCAUGGAUCUUGAUGAAAAACACAUGUUUGGUGGACUGAUAUCUUUGAGUGUGUGAGAUUUGGUUCAAUUUAAGGAAACUGUUGGACCCUGGCGGAUGUUUGAGCUCGACUGAGACAAGUUCUAGUUUAGUCUUUUGUACAGAGGACGUGUGAAAGAGGUCGAGUGUGUUUUAUAAGUCAAAGAGAAACUGUAUAAAUGAGAUGACGACUGAGCUGCAGAACUAAACUUUACUAAAACAUUGUCCUGAAUCGAA